AAAGCACGCAAUGCAACACAGAAUAACGGAACAAAGCAGCUUCGAUGCCAGCUCGAUGGUAUAAAUAAGCUUCCCUGGGGACAUGGCUCUGUCACCCCGGGUCCUCAAUUGUCUUCUUCUAUAGCUUGCCCAACCAACCCUCAAACCGACCAACCACCGACCGCCAUGACAGAAGCAAUAACUCACAUCGUCCUCUUCAAGUACAAACCCUCCAUAACAUGGAGCGAGUUCGAAGAGCACUUCGCCGUCUUCCUCGCGCUGAAGGACAAGUGCAAGAAGCCGGACACCGGGCGGCCUUACAUGAAGAGUAUGAAAGCAGGCAAGAAUCGCAGCUGGGAGCCGUUCAGCAAAGGAAUGACACAUGGGUUCGUCCUGGAGUUCGAGAAUCAGGCCGAUCUCGACUACUAUCUGACCGAGGAUCCGGUGCAUUUGAAGUUUUCGAAGAAGGCGGCGCCGUUGAUAGAAGAUUCAGUCGUUAUCGACAUCCGAGACGGCGUCCUCUUCGGGCCCCCAGCGAAGAAACCCACCGUCGGAGCGGGCACGUUCCACGGGAGCUGCCAUUGCGGUGACUGCUCCUGGACGGCCGAGAUAACCGAGCCGGAACACAUCCUCUGCCACUGCGAGACGUGUCGUAAACUCGGGGGUGGGCCUUAUUCCAUGAAUCAGAUCAUCCACAAGGAUCAACUGCGAAUCCUCUCCGGAAAACCCAGCACGUAUACCUACACCGGAGCCUCCGGAAACCCCGUCCACUGCUACUUCUGCCCCAAUUGCACCUCCCACAUCUACCAUCAUCAGGCCGUCAUGGGAGACCAGAUCAUCAUCAGAACCAUCUUGCUCGACAACGGCGCGCGUAUGCCCCCCGCCGGGGAGAUCUUCGCGGAAGGGAAGUUGGCGUGGGUUGAUGCGCUUCGGGCGGAGCUUGAGAAGCGAUAA